GCCGGAAAUAAUAUAGAUUAAGUCUCUAGUACAGUACAGCCUAUUCUUUAUAGUAGAACAGUGCUUUGUUCGACGGUCAGCUUGACCACAAAACUACAAAUACAACAAUUACACAACUUGAAGUACUGCCGACCCCUAGCAUCGGCGAUUGCCUCGACGUCGUUGGCGUCCUGGGGCUCCUCCACUACUGGUCAUUCCAUGUCCUGGAUAAUGGCAUCACGAUCCCGUGUCCUCCCGGUCAACUUCCAUCUCUCCCUUCUUUGCAGCAUCCUGAUGAGAGGUGUCCGGAGGAGGUGCGUCCUCAGGAUCCCCAGGCUCGACUACGAUCUUCACCGGUGGCUCCGGGAUGUUCUCGUCCUCAUUGACGUCCAUGGCAGCGGGAGCUGGCACUGGUGCUUCAUCGAGUGCUUGACUUCGACAUUGUCGUCGAUCGCAUGGAUGUGGAUACCCCAUUCUCGACCUCCCUCGGCUGCCCGCCCUCCUUUGCAUCCUGCUCCCAUCCGCAUCCACACCGCCUACAAGCCCAUCCUCCACUCCUCGAAACACCUCACCUCCCCCUGCACGCACCUCACAACCUCCUUCAGUGCUCGCGCACCCUCCCGUCGCCCCACUCUGUACCUCGUCCAGCUGGCUCAGCAGCUGACUCAGGUUAUGGUCGUACGUGGGCAGCGGCGUGUACGGUGGGUUGGGCGGUGGCGUGGACUCACACUCUGCGGGCGGGAGCGGGCGCAGGCCCGCGGUGUCCACACUGGCGACAUUGUCCUCCGGAGGAAAGGGCGCAACGUUGAUGGUGGCGGGAAGGAGAAGGCAUUUCGGAGCUCCUCGAAGCGGUGCUCGAUGGCGUUGAUCUGUUUGAGGCCGACGGCACUAGGCUGGUCCCAGGGUAAGGGGGAUCACGAAAUCGGCAGACGAAGUCUCGAUCCUGCAGGUGGCAUCGACAACGACACACCCUAAACUUGCAUCACAGUUAGUUCAGUGACAAAGGGACACAACGAGGUACUUAUGAGACUAGUUGUGACGACACUCCAGGUAUACACCAAGAAGAGGCCGUUUCGCGGCCGUCGGGGGGUGCUAGAGUAGAUCCAGGGGUGUUCAACCCACGGACGUCGACCAAGGGAUUGACCAUAGAUUGAGACCCAGCAGGUGGCAGACCAAGCUACGCCGUACAAUAUGCAGCAUCAGCGCGCAUCGACAGUCCAAGACGGCACUCACAGCCUCAUAAGCCGACAGUCCAAUGCUGUAUCGCAACCGGUCUUGCUGACGAUGUCCCUACUCCCCGACGCCCGACACGAAAUCAGCGUCAACAGUCACGGGCAAUGAACGUUUGGUGGGAGCGCACAGCGUCGCUGUUGUCUGGCGACCCGGCGAUGAGCAGACGGCGGUCCGUCCCAAGAUAAGAUCUUC